CGAGCUUGUCGCUCAUCCACUGUUUGAUUGUAACGCCAGAAGCUGGUAACUUUGAGCAGGGAGCUGUCUUUCAUCGAGGAUGGGGACCCGAGCGUGCAUCUUGAGCACUUAGCUCGGCGAUGCGUCAUGUCGAUCCACUCAUCAGCAUCUAUACAUUGCGAUCCAGGAGCAGGGUUGGCAAAGCGGCGCCGCUACCUUGUGCUCUUGUUUCCUCAUGUUCACGUGUCGGGGCCUUGACACUGAACGCCGCGGCUGGAAGUGCAGUCAAAGUGCCAAGAAUGUUGUUGAAUCAGGAACAGAGUCAUUCGUCUUGACUCGACCGACUUGCUUCGCUAUAGCGUGCAUAGUUGAGUC